UCCACACGUGUUUCUCCCGUAAACAUUUCUUUGGUAUGUGAAUCGUGAAUUUGCCAUAGAAAAGCAAAAAAAAGGGGACAAAUAAGACAAUAGAAUGACGAACCUGCGCACGGAGGAAAAGGCUGAGUCGGAGGAGCCAGCGGAACGGGCAUCCGUGUUCAAGGAGAGCAGCUGCAUAUUCCGGCGAAAUCGGGCCCUUGGCUAUGUGAGCAACCAAGUUCCCGCGGUCACGCGUUACAUUCAGCGUCGCCGGGACACUUUGCUGAUCACCUGCAUCGGCAGAUCCUUCCAGGUGUACACCGCAAAUCAUUUCCGCCUGCUGCACGUCAGCGGUCUGCAUCCGGACGAGAUUACAGCCUUGGCUACGGAUCGCCUGCACACGUACUCGGCGAGCAACAAGUGCAUCUUCGCCUGGCGGGCGGGCAAACACAUCCGGCACGUUUAUCGUGGCCACCAAAAGGAUGUCCACCUUCUGCUGCCCUUCGGGUCCAAUUUGAUUGCCAUUGAUCGGGAAAAUGUGCUCAAGGUGUGGAAUAUACCCACCGAGGAUGUCUAUCUGGAGGUGCCCUUUCGCCCCGAGGAGUUCCAGAUCACAGCGGUGGCCCAUCCACCAACGUACAUCAACAAAAUAGUGCUGGGCUCCCAGCAGGGUCAACUGAAGAUUCUGAACAUCAAGAAGAACAGUGUGGUGUGCACGUUGAGCCAUCACGAGAGCAGGAUAACCUACAUUGAACCGGCUCCUGCUCUGGAUGUCGUGGCCGUGGGCCACGGUGAUGGAGCCAUCAUCCUGCUCAACCUAAAGUUCGACGAGGUGCUGAUGAGCUUCCAGCAGGACUGGGGCCAGGUCACAAGUCUCUCUUUCCGCACCGAUGGCCCACCCAUUCUGGUGUCCGCCUGCAGCAACGGUUACAUGGCCUUCUGGAAUCUAGAGGAACGCAAGUUGGCCGGUCAAGUGCAGGCGCACGAGGAGUCGGUUACCACGGCCAUUUGUCUGGCCAGCGAGCCUGUGGUUUUCACCACCUCGCCCGACAACUCCAUGAAGAUGUUCAUUUUCGAUAUGCCGGAUGGUGGGGCCAGGCAGCUGAGGAUCCGCGAGGGACACACGAAGCCUCCUCUCUGUAUCCGCUACCACGGCACCUCGGGUGUGUCCAUUCUUUCUUCCGGCGAGGACAGCACAAUGAGAGUCUUCUCCACCAUAUCAGAGUCACUAAACAAGAGCAUGGGCAGGGCCACCUACAAUCCCAUAGCCACAAAAAAGAAAAAUCGCUUCCAGUACGACAAGUUCGAAAUGCCGCCCAUCCUUGAGUUCACAUCGGACACGGCCCGCGAGAAGGAGUGGGACAACAUUGCCGCCAUUCACGCGGGCGUCAUUCAGACGACCACCUGGUCUUUUGACAAGAACCGCAUGGGUGAGCACCGUCUGGUGCCGAUGCAGUUCCAGAACCGCAACCGCUCCAACUUCCAGAGCGAGACCACGUGCAUCGUGCUGACGCACUGCGGCAACUUCGUGAUCAUCGGCUACAGCAGUGGCGACAUCGAACGCUUCAAUAUUCAGUCCGGCAUGCAUCGAGCUAGCUAUGGUUCUCCCGGUCACAAGAUGGCAGUUCGCGGCUUGGCUAGCGAUAAUCUCAAUCAGAGCGUCAUCUCUGGCUGUUCGGAGGGCCUACUCAAGUUCUGGUCGUUCAAAGGAAAAGUCGAUAAGCCCCUGGCCGUGCUUCGGCUGGCGGAUGGCAUUUCCCUGAUGCGCCAGCACCGUGAGAGCUCCAUGUUGGCCAUUGGCCUUGAGACCUUUAAGGUCUUUGUGGUGGACAUGCACACGCGGGUGAUUGUCCGCAAGUUCGUCGGUCACACGGCGAAGCUGAAUGACCUCACUUUCAGUCCGGAUAGUCGCUGGCUGAUCACUGCCGCCAUGGACUCCACGAUCAAGGUGUGGGACAUACCCUCCUCCUACAUGGUGGAUCACUUGCGGGUGGAGACGCCUUGCGUGUCGUUGUGCAUGUCGCCCAGCGGUGAUUUCCUGGCCACCGCACAUGUCGGACUUUUGGGUAUUUACCUAUGGGCAAACAAGACCCUGUUCAAUCAGGUUUCCCUGCGAUCCAUCAAUCCCUCGGAGCCGGCUCCCUAUGUGGGUUUACCCACCAAUGUAUGCGAUGCCAUGGAAUUGGAAGAUGGCAUGCAGGAGCUGGAGAUUGACGAAGAGGACGAGACGAAACUCGGGGAGCUUAUCGAUGCCAAGUAUGAAACUCCAAUUCAGCUGUCCGAAGAGCUAAUAACGCUAUCGGGGUUGGCUGCAUCUCGCUGGCAGAAUCUAUUGGAUUUGGAGCUGAUCAAACAACGCAAUAAACCAAAGGCGCCGCCAAAGGCUCCAAAGCAGGCUCCAUUUUUCCUGCCCACAGUUUCGGGGCUGGAACUUCGCUUCGAUGUACAAAAUGGACAAAAGGAGGGAGACAGUUCCCGAAUCCGAAAAGCUUCUACGCUUAACAAUCUAACUGCCUUUGGACAGCUGUUGGAGGAAACAUCUGACAGCCAAGAGUUCGCACCCGCUGUGGCGCACUUGACGCAACUUGGUCCCUCGAUGGUGGACUUUGAGAUCAAGUCACUUCACCCGGAGGCUGGAGGAACCCUUCUGGCCAUGCUACAGUUCCUCAAACUCGUAGAAUUCAUGUUCGGAACAAACCUGAACUUUGAGCUGGCUCAAUCCUAUUUGAGUGUCUUCCUGCGAUCCCACGGUCUUGGAUUGACGGAGUCUCCGGAAUUGGUAAAGGCGCUGCGCAGUGUUUCCCAGGUGCAGCAGGAGGCUUGGCAUCGAGUGGAGGAGAAGCUUAUCUAUGGGACUGGAGUCGUGGCUGCACUCCGAAAUUUUGCACAUUAGUUACUAACAUCUACAAUAUUAUUUUUGUAGAGUUCACCUUGAAAUUUUGUAAAUAAAUUUCCAAGAUAUUUUACAAAUU